AUGGCUGACGUACCACCUCCUUCACUGUCCGAACUCAUACGAAUGGUGGCUGAUCUGCAACAAGCCAAUCAAAGAAUGGCCGACGAGAACCAAAUAAUGGCUGCCCAAAUCGCUGAAAUAAAUCACGCUCGGAUUGAGCACAACGAUACUCACCGCCAGCAGCCAGAAGAUGAGGAACAUCAAUCCCCCUCUCAUGUCUCGGAGACUGCCCGAGCAGAAGAACCCCAACUUGAAGAUGAAAAGGGAGAGUCCGACGACCUUGUAGGACUCUUCACAGAGGAAGUAAUGAACUUCGAGUUACCAAAGAGGUUCACUCUGCCACUGACCCUCACACCUUACGAUAGACUCGGGGACCCAAGGAAGUUUCUUAAGAAGUUCCGAUCAAUAAUGAUCGUCAAUGGUGCAUCAGAUACAGUUUUAUGUCGUUGUUUUCUCGAUUAUUUAGACGGCCCUGCACUUGAUUGGUUAUGUGCUUUGCCUGCAGGUUCCAUUUCGCGGUUUCAACAGCUGGCGAAGUUAUUCGAAGAGCAUUUUGCCGGGUCCGCAAUUUACUUGCACGACUCCGAUUAUUUGAAUACUAUCAAGCAAGGACCGAACAAAAGCUUGAAGGACUACAUGACCCGCUUCACCAAGGUCGCAAUUAGCAUACCUAACCUCCACCCCGAGGUCCACCUACAUGCGAUCAAAAGCGGACUUCGACCCGGAAAGUUCCAGGAGAUAAUCACAGUGGCCAAGCCGAAGACUCUUGCAGAAUUCCAUGAGAAAGCAAAAGGACAAAUUGACAUUGAAGAGCUCAGACAAGCCCGGAGAACCGACAAGUCAUACUUCCGAGAAGACGAUAAGAGUUCGGGUAUUAAGAAAAAUUUUAAACUAACACCCCGAUUUGAUUCUUAUACGCAGUUCAAUACCAAGAGAGAAAACAUAAUCAAAGAAAUCCUGAAUUCAAAGCUGAUCAAACCACCGAAGAAAGCCGGCACCUAUCAAGAUGCAAAGAAUGUAGACAAGUCCAAGUACUGCGCUUUCCACCAGAAACACAGUCACAACACUGAUGACUGUGUAGUCGCCAAGGACCUUUUAGAACGGUUGGCAAGGCAGGGACACCUCGACAAACACAUAGGAGGUCACAUCCAAAAGCGCACCCCCCUUUCGCAACAAACGAUUCCUCCAAACAACCAAACCGAGGAAAUGAUAAGGCAUCUUCAAGCCACUACGAAAGACCGCGCGGCAUAA